AUCUCUCGAGUAUUACCUCUUUUAAGUAAAGCAUGAAAUUCAGCUAUAAAUAAUUCUUACUGUCCACUUAAUUACUCAUCAGUGAAGAAAAGAAAACACACUUUGGAACCCUAAAAUUAGUCAUGGGUUCCAAAGUUUUAGCCAUGUCCUUCAUUUGCAUGAUCUGCAUGUUAACUGCAUUGCCACCGAUCUAUGCUAGCGGAUACUGCCCGCCACCCUACCCACCAUACCGCCAACCUAAUCCUCCGAAUACUCCACGGCCUCAUCCACCACACCACAGCAAAGGAAGGAGCCCCGGAGGCUCAACACCUUCUCAUAAACCACCCUCUUCACAUAAGCCACCUACACAUAAGCCGCCUUCGUAUAAGCCACCUACACAGAAUCCACCUUCGUAUAAGCCACCUACACAUAAGCCGCCUUCAUAUAAGCCACCUACACAGAAUCCACCCUCGUAUAAGCCACCUACACAUAAGCCGCCUUCAAAUAAGCCACCUACACAUAAGCCGCCUUCAUUUAAGCCUCCUACACAGAAUCCACCUUCAUAUAAGCCACCUACACAUAAGCCGCCUUCAUUUAAGCCUCCUACACAGAAUCCACCUUCAUAUAAGCCACCUACACAUAAGCCGCCUUCGCAUAAGCCACCGGUUGUCCUCCCACCAAUUGUUAACCCUCCUAUUGUCAAUCCACCUAUCAUCACACCCCCCAUAGUAACUCCCCCAAUAGUCAACCCUCCAGUCAUAAUCUCACCACCUUCCACACCAACCUACCCACCUUACACCCCUCCUCCAUCCGGAGGAGGCGUCCCGGCUCUCCCACCACCACCAACCCCUCCUCAAACCUGCCCUAUAAACGCACUAAAACUAGGGCUCUGCGUCGAUGUUCUAGGAGGCCUGGUGCACGUAGGGUUAGGCGAUCCGGUUCAGAACGUCUGUUGUCCAAUUCUCGGUGGGUUGCUUGAGCUAGAAGCAGCCGUUUGUCUCUGCACUACCAUAAGGCUGAAGCUGCUCAACAUAAACAUAUAUCUUCCACUUGCACUGUCCGUACUGUUAACUUGCGGGAAAACUCCUCCACCUGGUUUUAUGUGUCCACCACUCUCCUAACUCAAGUACAUAUAUGUACUGCUCUUGAUUUAUGUAUGAUUUUGUAAGUUUCAUUUUGUCUGAUUCAUGGCAUAUAUAGGUUGCACCUAUGUUCUGUUAUAUUUCUUGAUGCAAGAACUCGGUCUUCUUUGUAUCAAGUUGAUGCCAUGCAUUUGUUUUGUAUCAAUUUAAACUUUUAUGUUCGUGUUUUGUUAA